CUGCAGAGAUUAGCUGAUUUGGUACGUUCUGUGAUGUUAACGUCACAAUUUGGGGUUUAAAGAGAGGUGUUAAACACCUCUCGGACAAAGCAACCUUGCUGUCACACGCAAGCGUGAAUUCUGACGUCCUGCGCUCCAGAGCAUUUUUAUUGAGCCCUUACUUUGAGAUCCUCCCCGGUGGACAAGUAACCUAGUACGGUGGAUGCUCUACCAACGGAGCUAGACGAUUACAAUGGUGUCCAUCAUUUAUGGAACGACUGCCAAUUAACGCAACAAAUCGAUACAUAGCCACAUCGUCUUCUGGACUUCAAUAUUCCCGCGGUAAUGUAAAGAUGGCGAGACUGCUCCACAACUUGCUGUUGUUGACAGUUCGACUCACGUUAAAGAUCAGAGUUAUAGGAUAUUGGUCUUUGAUAUACGGUUAUUGUGCCCUCUGCACAGCCGUAGCGCUUCUGAAACUUUGGUGGAGCAUCCUCAUAAGGCCGUCAACAACCUUUCAGUGGGCAAUAAGAGAGAACCCCCCUGCUUGCCUGAAUGACACGUCCUUGGGAACACAUUGCUACGUGAGAAUAAAGGAGUCCGGUCUAAGGUUCCACUAUGUGGCUGCAGGGGAGAGGGGCCGGCCACUCAUGCUCCUGCUGCACGGCUUCCCAGAGUUCUGGUUUUCAUGGCGCUACCAGCUACGAGAAUUCAAAAGUGAGUUCCGUGUGGUUGCUGUGGAUAUGCGAGGCUAUGGAGAGUCUGACCAGCCGCUCUCUACGGACAGCUACCGUCUCGACUACUUGGUCACUGAUGUGAAGGACAUAGUGGAAUAUCUGGGUUAUAACAGAUGUUUCCUGGUGGGGCAUGACUGGGGCGGGACCGUUGCGUGGCUCUUUGCCAUCCACUACCCAGAGAUGGUGGUCAAACUCAUUGUGCUCAAUAGCCCUCAUCCCUCUGUCCUCCAAGAUUAUGCCCUACGCCACCCCAGUCAGCUCCUCAAAUCCAGUCACUUCUUUUUCUUCCAGCUGCCCCGCUUCCCUGAGCUCAUGCUCUCUAUCAACGACUUUAAGGCUUUAAAGAGUCUGUUCACCAGCCGCAACACGGGGAUUGGACGCAAGGGCCGCUGGCUAACCACUGAGGACCUGGAGACCUACCUCUACAACUUCUCCCAGCCCGGGGCCCUGACUGGGGCACUCAACUACUUCAGGAGCAUCUUUAACUACUUGCCGCUCAGUCAUAAUGACGUGAGGGCUCCAGUGCUGCUGCUGUGGGGGGAGCGCGAUGCCUUCAUGGAGCAGGAGAUGGCCGAGGCCUGCCGCAUCUACAUCCGCAACCACUUCCGCCUCAACAUCAUCUCGGGGGCCAGCCACUGGCUCCAGCAAGACCAGCCCGACAUCGUCAACACCCUCAUAUGGACCUUCCUCAAGGAGGGAGAGUGCCGUAAAAUCUACAGGAACUGAACGGAGCCUCCGGACGGAACCUUUUCCCUCCCACUCCCUCCUCGCCAAAGAGGGUUGUUCCUCUUCGUCCCUCCCCCUCCUCCCUUUUCCCCUGUUCCCCAUGUGAGGGAGUGUGGCAAGAGGGUGGUGGGAUGCAUGAGGGGAUAAGAGAAUGCCUGUGAAAAAAUUCAACCAACAUUAAGAUAAUGCAAUCGUUCUUUUCAAUUUAACACAUCUCAGAUAUUUUUUUAAAGAUGUCAAAGUUAAAGCAGGGGGAGAAAACAAAACAAACGAACGUUUAGAGAAAAAGCACAUUUUUAUCAGAGGGAACACAGAGUAGCGUGUUUCACCUGUUUUCCCAGAUGUUUUUUGCACAUGACAUUCGCCUUAAGAGUUUGUUGGUAAUGACAUUUUACAGAGAACAAAAAUAACUAAAGUGUGUGGCAAAAUCUCCUCAUGAGUUUGUAUUGUGUGGUGCCUUUUUGACUUAAAAUUGUACCAUUUCUUGCGAUGUAAAGUUGUGCCAUGUCCUUUUGAGGUUGAGCUGUGGCGUGUGUCUGCUAUCCUGUAAGUGUCACCAGAUCGCUACUCUCUUCUGACACCUUUCCCUCUGGGAUCUCACUGUACCCCCCCCCCUCCCUCUCUCUAUCAGGUAGUGUUGUCUUAAAGAACAAGAAAAAUCUAUUAUUUUGUAAUAUUCUAAUGAUUUUUUGCGCAGAUAUUUCAGAAUGUUGUUAUUUUGAUCUUCCUGUAUGAUAGGGGCAACAAUCAACUACUGUAAACAGUGAUGGUUAAAUAUUGUGCACUUUUUGUAUCUCUUCCUAAACACUUGCAUUUAUGAAAUUCACUGAGCCAGUUCUGCACACCAUUUUGAUUUUCUAAGCAAAUAAAUACUAGCUAGAAGCC